CAAAAAAUCUCGGACAUCCUGUAUAUGAAAGAGAAUAAAAAAAAUACUCAAGCAUAUUGGGCUGCAUGAUAUUGGUCACAGAAACGUAAAGUUGAUGAAAGAACGUAAGGUUGUUAGAAAUAUAAAAAUAAAAAUGAUCCAUCAUCUAUUCAGGAAAAAUAGCUUGGUUAAAUUAACGCAUUGUAUUCCAUUGGAACAAGUUUUAGAUGACCAUGACAACAUCAAAGAGAACAGUAAUAUAUACGAGUGUGAAUGCACUUAUGCAAUAUUAUUGUUGCACUUAACGGGAUUAAGUUGUCACGAUUCUUCUCAACGCCAACAGUCAUGAUACAAGAACAUGAACAGUGACCGAGAUAAUAGCUACAUUUUGAGCAGAUAAGUUAUUUAAAUUUUUUAAUUGUAUGCAACAUUGACUUAUUAUUUAUUGAUUAUUCAAGAUAAAGCGGACUAUCCUGUAGUAGUAUUAGGCUAGAACGAUAGUUUUAUAUAUUAAUGUUUAAAAAGAAGUUUAUAUAAUUAGGAAAAUGUUCGAUUGAGUGAAUUAGUUUUCUGGUGAAAUAUAAACGAUACAGAAAUUCCAACUUAAAAAACCAAGAUUUUAUUUAAGUUAACCAGAAAUCUUGAUAAUUUAUACAAUACUACAAUUCGAUAAUUAUAAUCGGAACUUCGGCGAACUAUCGUUCGCAUUUUAUUAGGAAGUUGUUUCAUUUGAUCAAACAUUUUUCUCCGUGUAGUAAUCUUAUAUUGAAUAUUAACGACAUGGUUAUUAUGCCGAACCUGGCGCGGAAUGUUAUCGGUCUGUGUAGUUGAUGCAUUUGAAUUGAAAAACGCUAGUCGAAAGAGGAAAACAUUGUCUCUCGAUCUAUUAAUGUUGUUUUCCUUAAGAUCUCUUCUGGCAUUGAUAGCUGUUUUGAUCGUUGUUGAUUAAUUAAUUCGUCGUGAUUCAUCAUGGUACAUGCAAGGGGAUCUUUUACACGAAGGUGUUAAUCGAGCCUCAAUAUGGUAUCCGCGGCAGUUUCUCGCUGACUUCGAGAGUGAAAAUCGCUUUGCGGAAGAGACUGCAGAUAUGAAGACGCGCGCUGCAUUGUCGAUAGUUCUGUCGUUGCUCGUUUUACUAUCGUCAUCGUCUGCACAAACUGAACGUCCUGUUGAAGUAGAAUGUGGCAAAUACACGAAACACGACGGAAAGCUAAUUGUAAAUGGAGUAGAGGUUAAACCGGAAGUGUUCCCUUGGCAUGUCCUUAUCUAUUUUAAAAAAAAGGACAUGUCAUACAUUGAUAUAUGUGGUGGUUCUCUCAUCCGCAACAGUCUCGUCGUCUCAGCGGCUCAUUGCUUCUAUGACGAGGACUCAAGAAACAUUAAAAAUGCAUCGAGUUUCGUUGUGGCAGCUGGCAAGCGUUAUCGUGCCUGGGAUGCCGACGAGCAGUACAGUCAGAAGUCGUUGGUGGAGAGUAUCGAAGUGGACGACUUAUACUUGGGCCUGGCAGGUAACUUUGCUAUGGACAUAGCCCUACUGAAGCUGAACACGCCGUUUGAGCUAAAUAUGCUGGUAUAUCCCAUCUGCAUCGAUUGGGCAAUCUUGUACGAGAAAGAUCUGUUGCAAUCGGAACAACUUAGCAAGAUGGUCAUAUGGAAUAAAAACAUCAACGAUGAAUCUAACCAGACUAUGUAUGAAAUUGACAUGCCGUACGUGAUGUACAACCAAUGCGUGGCUGAGAGCCCUAUAAAUCUUCGCAAAUUUAUUACGCUGGAUAAGUUCUGCGCAGGCCGUUUGAACGAUUCAAGCGUCUGCAAUCAAGAUGGAGGUAGCGGCCUAUAUGUCCAGAAGGAAGGAGUUUGGUAUCUUCGUGGUAUCGCCAGUGUUAAAUACGGGAAUAUCGAACGUUGCGCUUACGACAAAUCAUACGUUGGAUUUACUUACGUCAAUUAUUUCCGUGAUUGGAUUCGCGAAGGUUACGACAGUGCGUAAAUGUGUAGAGGGACGUCGGUUGUCCGAUGCACGAAAUAUGUAGCCAGCAUCAUUGAGCUCGCAAUAAUAUGAGACGAAUGGACGUGAUGUGUAGACGAGAUAAUAUCAGAGACAAAAGUUUAAAAAGUGACGAUUGUAUAUGCGUUUUUAUAUACAUACAUACAUACAUACACACGAACACGCACACACGAUAUACCUGCAAUAUCGUUUGACGUGGAAGUGGAGAAAUGAAGAUAUAAAGAUUUUCGCUAUUGUAUAUUCUGAUCUUUAAAUUGCAGAUUAAAUAAAUAGUUAAGCUGAGUUACGUCCGUGAGAAAUCUCGCGUAAUUGAAAAUCUGACGAAAUAUGAUUACUAAUAUUUGACAAAUAUUCACUUCGGUUCACGUCAGCAGAAUUCCGAACCAACCAUUGUUUCCUAACUCAUCCCUGAGCAACUUAAUCCUUAGAUGUAAAUAUCGAUUUUUUCUUUCCUAGAAGGGUAAUUGCUGCGUUUUUCCGUGGAAGCUAUUGCAUUUUCUGUUAGAGCGUUAUUGUCGGUUUCCGGUCCGACAAAGCGGCUGAGUUUUUUCGUUUUUUUUGUUAGAAAGAUUUGCUGAAUUAUUUCAGUCAGGCGUUUUCCUUUAUAUAUCUUAAAUAUCUUUUAAUAACUUCCUUCUUCGGGGCAAUAAUUUUCUUUGAAGACGAACCGGCCGGUCAAUCUCGCAUAUUGUUACAUGACGCGACUAGCCUUUGAUCCUCAAGAAUCUAUGCCUUUUCCGCGUCUCUUCAUAAAUUUUAUUCGCGUACCAACUCUAACUAAACCUAAUAAAAUCUAACGAAACACGGGUAAACCUUGAAAUCUCCUUAUUGCCAUCUGCAUCCCAUCCCCUGCAAUAUUUAUCUUCGGGAUACUGCAACGCAUCCUUAAACCUUACCUCCGAAAUAUCUUCACGGUACAGUCCUAUGACUAUAUUUGGGCAUAAAAUUUAAAUUGCCAAUGCAACUCUUCGAACCCUACCUUCCCAUCCGAGCUGACGACUUGAGUGAAACCAAAAAGCUUCUGCAGUUCUCGACAUACCCGCGAUUUGGAUAGAUCUUUUCUCGGUUCUAUCACGAAAUACCAGCCGUUUGUUAAUAAUCUUCCACCUCUAUUUCAUCGCGAAUCCUGCGUAACGAACAGUAAUCUGUUAAAACCGUGGUGCCUAAUACUCGAAGUUUAGUGAAUAAGUGUGAUCAAGUGAUUAAAAUUCAACCCCAACCGCAGCAGCCUAAGAAGCCAACCUCCUAUAGAAACUAGUUUAUGCGACUCGUUCUAUUCAGGCCCUUUUGUUGUUUCGUCACCUCUAUUAAGGCAGUAUCUUAACCCUCCAGGUCAGUGAGUCCUUUCUUUUCUUUUUCCUUACUUAAUUAUAAUUUCGAUUUGUUGCCGUCGAGAGGGAAAUCUUGCUCUUCUCUUUGUUUCUUCUUUGGAUCCUUUUUCCUUCCUCACCAUCGAAUUCCCUAUUUUUCACUAUGUGGUACACACUCUAUUACACAACACACAUGCUAUUGACCGUUUGUUAUAAACAUGUAUAAUUUUAUACUGAUUAUGCGAACCUAUUGUAUAGACCCGCGUUCCUGCAAUAUUUGUUAAAGUCAUUUUAAAUUUGCUCUUAAUUGAACUUCAAUAAAAUGUGCCAUUAAUUUUC